CGCACAUCCAGAGCCUCAUGGGCUUGUUGAAAGAGGGGACAGUCCAGACCGGCGGGCCUAUGCUCAGCUCGGACUCGAACCCCGCCGGGCCGCCCUCGGAGCAGAAACGGGUUGGCGUGUUCGUCCUGUUCCGCGCGGAGAGCAUCGAGCAGGUCAGGGAGAUCGUCGAAACGGACUUGUUCUACACGGAGGUUAUUUGGUUGAAGGAGGAGAUCCGCAUCAACCCUGUGCUUGCCGCGGGUCCGGCGUUGAUAUGAAGUACCGUUUAACGGGAUAUGCGCGCUCUGUGGCGAGAGAAAAGAGAAAUUCGAAUGUAGGAAGUAGUAAGUACAUAUGUACAUGCGAUGACGAUGGCACGCGACCAGGACUGCAGGCGCGUUGCCAUAUUCGUGCAUCGCAUAUGGUCUACCGUCUGCGCAAUUAAUGUACGAGGAGAAUCAACUCGA